AUGGUUGAAAAUCUAAAUCCAGCUUCCAGAAUUUGCAUUAGUCUUGAUGAUGCGGACAAGUUCAAAUAUUACUUCGUAGCUUACGGAGCUUGCAUUCGAGGAUAUAAACACAUGCGAAAGGUCAUUGCCGUUGACAGCACACCCUCAUACUGGAAGUAUGAGGGUGUGUUGUUGUCCGCUGUCGCACGGGAUACUGAGAACCAUAUCUAUCCAAUUGCUUUUUGCGUAACGGACAAGGAGUGUGAUAAAUUCUGGACCUACUUCUUCGAGCAGUUGAGGUAUAUAAUCGCCGAUGAACUAGACUUUUGCAUCAUCUCUGAUAGGCACAAGAGCAUGGCCAAUGGUGUUUUCAGAAUUUUUGAGCAUGCUCACCAUGGACUAUGCAUGAAGCAUCUUGGUGAUAACCUUCGAAAAAAUUUCCAAUGUGGAGAUUCUCUUCAUAUGUACUAUGAUGCAGCAAAGGCAUAUGGUUACCAGGAGUUUAAUAAACAUUUUCAACAAUUAAGGAAUAAAUGCCCCGAAGCUGCUAAUUGCCUUGAGUUUGAUAUUGGAUUUGACAAGUGGAGCAGGGCAUAUUUUCCAGCAAAUCGGCAGAGAUGUGCAGAUAUCAGCAGUUCAAUCAAUUUAUUUGUCCCUUCGGCUGAAAAGACGCUAAGGGAAAAGAUGAAUGAGGGAGACUCCUUAUUUGUUAAUAAUAUAAACGGGGAUACCGACGAGUUCACUGUAGUCGGCAGUGGCCUAACUACCAAAGUCAAUCUACUGAACAAAACAUGCACUUGUAGAAAGUACGACUUGGUGAAAUUACCAUGCGCUUACGCGUUGGCAGCCUUGAGAUUGAAGUACGGACCUGAUUAUGGUUCAAGCAUCUACGAGUAUUCCUCGCCCAUGUAUAAAGUUCAGUCUUACAUUCUUGCAUUUGGUGAAACUAUUAAUGUAGUCCCUGCAGAGUCAGAAUGGGAAGUCCUAGAGAAGUACACAAACAUGUAUAUUCCUCCACCCCCUUACGACCCCAAACUUGGAAGGAAGAGAGUGAAGCGUAUUCCUGGCAUCGUGGAAUCUUUCAAGUCCAAGGGAAGUAGCAAAGGGACGAGAAACAAGUGCUCGAUUUGCAAGGGGGAUGGUCACAAUAUUGGCUUUAACUGGGGUGUUGGAUAUUCCUAA